AUAUAGGGCAGUGGUCUCUACUUGUGGCCCUUCAGAUGUUGCAAAACUACAAGUGCUAGUAUGCUGGGAGUUGUAGUUCGCACAGCUGGAUGUCCAGAGUUUGGAGACCAGUGAUAUAGAGACUCUUCUAGACUUUAGAUGUUCUAUGGGAUGGGAAUGGAUAAGAGGCAGGUACUGAUUUACACUUGGAAGGGUGUUAGUGGGUUCUGGUGUCCUGGAUUAGAGAAGUUAUCAUGUAUGGGCAGGUGAUGAUGUGCAGUUGGAUUGGUGCCAGUGGGUCUCUAGUGUUCAGGAUUGGAGAGGGUUAACUUGUAAGGGUUGGUCCUGGAGUAAAGUGGUGGAAAAAGGUGAUUAUGAGGGUCUCUGGUGUCCUGGAGUGGGAAUAGUUAACACAAGAGGGGCAUGUCCAGGAGUACAGUUAGGAGGAGUCAGCAGGUCCCCCUUCAUGUUUGUUUUGACAGCCCACCCUCCCUGUCUCUCAGCCCUGGAGUGGAUGUGAGCUGCAGCCGUCGGGGGGAUUUGCCGCUGCUGAAUGCUAUUGGCAGCCAUGAGUCAGGCCAGGGACCCCCGAGAGCAAGAACAGCCCGGGGGAGCCACCCGCCCUCAGCUAGGACACAAUGUAUCCCAAUUUCUGGAGAAGAAUCCUUUUUCUGUCAACAGCCCAUUAGGUGGUGGGGCAACAAACCCUCUCCUGCCUUCCCCCGCCAGUCUACAGCUCGCUCAGCUGCAGGCUCAGCUCACCCUGCAAAGGCUAAAAUUGGCACAGAGUGCAGUGACCAGCAAUACAGCUGCUACAGUACUGAACCAAGUCCUCUCGAAGGUGGCUAUGUCACAGCCACUGUUUAAUCCACUGAGAAAUGCUGCCAUGAUCGGUGCACAUGGACCUACUGGAAUGGCUUCUUUGAGCUCCACCAUUCACAAUGCUAGAUUUCCUUCUGCUGGAUUGCCGUUCACUACUCAAAAUCCUGCCAUGCCACCUAAACACUCCCAGAAUCCAAAUCAAAACUCUAUGCAGCCUUUUGGAAAAGCCAUGGUUGGAAACAAACAAGAUGGAUUCCACCUGGGGCCUCAAUCAUUCAAUUCAGAGAUGGAUCAGUCUUCCUAUCAUGGCUUUAGUUGUGGUCCGGAAGAAACAUCGGAUGGUCGUUACCCUCCUAAACAUAAUAACCAACCUGGAUUUAAAAAUCAGUAUUUUGAUAACCAUGGACCUCAUCUUUCCAUGAGCCAAAAAGGAGAUGUUAGUCAGGGGGGUCAUAACAUGUCAUCAAAUAACCAGUGGGAAUCUUCUCAUCAUUGGCAAUCACCUAAACAGCAUUACGAGGCCAGGAAUGAACUGUACAACCCAGAAGAGCCAACCCCUGAUACCAAAUUUAGCCCGUCAAAUUCUCCAGCUUUUCACAGACACAAUAAUGGAAAAAUGAAUACGUGUGUACCAUGUGUGAAGAACCUUAAGCCGCAUGAACUGAAUGAUUUCCAUGGUAUUUCACCUGUGCACCUACCACAUACGUGUACAAUGUGUGACAAAAAGAUCUUCACCUUAAAGGACUGGGACCUGCACAUCAAGGGUAGAAUGCAUAUUCAGAAUGUAAUGAGUUACUCUGAGAGUACUGGUAUAAACUGUGCUCCCAACUCUACAGAUGGGACAUUACCCUCUUCUCUAAAUCCUGACUUUCACCCCUUGAACAGUGAAGGCUUUGUAUCAGAUAUUGAUCAGCUCUACCCUCCCCCUACACCAGCUGCCCCAUUCCUCCCUUCUGGAGCUCCCUUCCCUGGACCACCCAUUGGUGUGAAGUUUGCACAGAGGAAAUCUUCAGUUGGCCGGGUGGUCCAUAUCUGCAAUCUACCUGAGGGAAACUGCAAUGAGACCGAUGUUGUUAACCUUGGUCUACCAUUUGGGAAAGUCACCAACUACAUUUUGAUGAAAUCAACAAAUCAGGCAUUUGUAGAAAUGGCAUAUACUGAGGCAGCUGAGGCAAUGGUACAAUACUACAAAGAAAAACCAGCAAUUGUGAAUGAUGAAAAAUUAUUGAUCCGCAUGUCAAAAAGAUAUAAAGAGCUACAGCUAAAGAAGCCAGGUAAGACUGUUGAUGCCAUUAUCCAUGAUAUACAUUCACAGAGGGAAAGAGAUUUGUUUCGUGAUACAGACAGAUAUCGAAAUGAUAGGCCUAGAUCGCGCAGUCCUGUGAGCCGCUCCUUAUCCCCAAGGUCGCACACUCCAAGUUAUACAUCUUGUAGCUCAACGCAUAGUCCAUUAGGAACAUCUAGAACAGAGUGGGGAAAUGGAAGGGAUUCCUGGGAUCACCAAGGAUAUAGCAGGUGGGAGGAUGAUCGAGAGCAUGGUACAUGGAGGGAAUGUGGGGAAGAAGACAGAGACAGGACAGACCAUUGGGUACAUGAUCGGAGGCACUACAGCAGACAGACUGACAAGCAAGAACCUGAUGAGCGAAAUGAUUCAUCUAGAGGACACAGGGACAAACAUAGCAAUUCUCACUCAUCAUCGAGGUACAAAAGCAGAGAAGUGGAACACUAUAGGAAGGAGUCUAAACUAAAAUCUGAAACAAGGGUUCCAGAUACAACAGGAAAAAAUAAAAGGAAAGAAGACAGCAAGUCCAGAGAUGACAAGGAUUGUCCCACUGAAGAUACAAUCAAAAAGGAUACAUCUAUGUCUAAGACAACUAAAGAGACUGAAGGCAGCACGCAGAAGAAUGUGGAUACAAAAACUAAAAUAAAUGAAACAAGUGAAGAUGUUAAAGAAAGCAAGGCAAAUGAACAGCAGACAGACACAACGAAAAAGGAAAUAAACCAUAAUUAUGUGCCGGACAAAGGUGAAAAAAGGUUGGAGUUGGAAGAAACCGAUAUCACUCCAACAACUAAAAAUAAAGAGCAGGACUGGGAGAGUGGAAGUGAACUGGAUGAAGAAAGCUGGUACCCAACUAACAUGGAGGAACUUGUGACAGUAGAUGAAGUGGGUGAAGAAGAUUUUAUCGUUGAACCAGACAUUACAGAGCUUGAAGAAAUUGUUCCUGUUGUCCCUAAGGACAAUGAAAACGGCAUCCAGAUGUGUGCGCUUGAUAUUGACACUGUGAAUAUACAAUGUCGGUUUAGUCAACGAACCAGGAGUGAGUGCUCCUCUGCAGAAAUCAGCUGCCCAUCUCUUAGAGGAAGCACGAGCCCUGACAGUAGCUGCUGUGAUCCAGUUGCGCAUGUGCCUCAUGUAAAUUUGAAUUCUAAGGAUAAGUGUGAUGAAUUGGAAGAAAAUGACAAAAGUCCUAAUAGGCUCCACAUCAAGGAACCUGCAGAGGAACAUAUAGAUGGGAUUACAGCUUCUGGAACAUCUGUAAAUAAAGGCAGUUCAGAUCUGUAUAAGAGAAUGGACUCUCCCAUAGACAGUAAUGUGACUAUGGUGGAAAUACAUACCCAAGAGGAAAGACGAAACAAAAGAGAAAGAGAGCUCUCCAUUUCUGAAGGGAAGUCUCCAGAAGUUCCAGAAUUAGAGACAAAGGAAAUUAAUUCUUCGCCUUCCUGGGAGCAGGAUGACGUCUUUACUGAGCUGAGCAUACCACUAGGUGUAGAAUUUGUGGUUCCAAGGACUGGAUUCUACUGCAAACUUUGUGGCCUCUUCUACACCAAUGAAGAAUCAGCAAAAAUAUCUCACUGCCGGAGCAGAGUACACUACAAAAACCUGCAGAGUUACUUAUCAAGGUUGGCUCAAGAAGGUCCAGAUAUGAAUGACAAAGAAACUUCUGUUUCACAUGAAGAUGUUGGGAUUGUUCCUCAGUUUCAGAAAUGCAAACCCUGAAGAAUCUGUCUAGCGACCUGGCUUAAAAGACUAAUUGUUACAGUCUCUACGGAUAUCACAGAGCAAUACAGGUCAUAUGAAUUGUAAAAAUUCUGGAAAUAAGAAGAAAAUCACAAACAAGGGAAAUGCAUGUCAGCUUGGUAAAGUGCCUUAAAGAAAUCAGUGUGGAGAACAAGAGCAACCUAUGACUCCAACUCACUGGCUAUGCAGCAUCAGUUACAUUCAAUGUCCAACAGGUUUCAUAAACAUUUCUUUACACAUGAAAAUAUCUACAUGAUGAAUUUAUGAAGCAAGGAAGGUUAUUAUUUGAAUGCAUUUACAAUAGCAAUGAAUUCAGACCCGAGACCAGUACUGAGUAUUUUCCUUGCUCUCAUUACUCAUUAUUAAAACUUCAAGAUCUAAUUUAAGAAAUACAAGUUGCCUCAAGGAAAUAUAAUUUAUUGUUACAUUUUUUGA